AGCGGACGCUCGUCGCGUUCCUCCGCCCGCGCUCGCCGGGUUGCCCCCCGCGUCGAGGGUGCGCUUGGUACGGCCCGCGCCUCCUCCUUAGCUGGGGUGGUUGCCUCCCCCUCGGGUCGGCGGCGCUUGGUGCCGCCCGGGAGAACCAGGUCAUCGGUCGGUUCCCGUGAAAACAAAAACAAUCGGUGGCGCUUCGGCUGGCAGCCGAACGCGGGUAGCGGGGGCGCGGGGCCGGGUGGGACUAGCGAGCGGGAGCAGCGGCGACGCGCCGGGGUCGGGGAGCCAUGGGGCAGGCGGGCGCGGGCUUCGCCGGAGUCCCCCGGCGCCGGGGCUAGCGCGUCCGCCGCCUCGGCCGCCCGCGCCGCCCGCCUGGGGGACGAGGAGCAGGACGCGGCCUCGGCCGGGCCCGGGCCGAACGGCUGCGGACACCCGGGCGCCGGGGAGCCGAACGCCGCCGCCGCCGCCUCCGGGAUGGAUCAGUGCGUGACGGUGGAGCGCGAGCUGGAGAAGGUGCUGCACAAGUUCUCAGGCUACGGGCAGCUGUGCGAGCGCGGCCUGGAGGAGCUCAUCGACUACACGGGCGGCCUCAAGCACGAGAUCCUACAGAGCCACGGUCAAGAUGCUGAAUUAUCAGGGACUCUUUCACUUGUUUUGACACAGUGCUGUAAGAGAAUAAAGGAUACUGUUCAAAAAUUGGCCUCAGACCACAAAGACAUCCACAGCAGUGUUUCUCGGGUUGGAAAAGCCAUUGAUAAGAAUUUUGAUUCUGACAUUAGCAGUGUGGGAAUAGAUGGCUGCUGGCAGGCAGACAGCCAAAGGCUUCUCAAUGAGGUGAUGGUGGAGCACUUCUUUCGACAAGGAAUGUUGGAUGUAGCUGAGGAGCUCUGCCAGGAAUCUGGUCUUUCUGUAGACCCAAGCCAGAAAGAACCAUUUGUGGAGUUAAACCGAAUAUUAGAAGCAUUAAAAGUCCGAGUUCUGAGACCUGCUCUGGAAUGGGCGGUAUCAAACCGAGAAAUGCUCAUAGCCCAGAACAGCUCCUUGGAAUUUAAGCUACACAGACUCUAUUUUAUUAGCUUGUUAAUGGGUGGAACUACAAAUCAACGAGAGGCGUUACAAUAUGCGAAAAAUUUUCAGCCAUUUGCCCUGAAUCAUCAAAAAGACAUUCAGGUUUUGAUGGGAAGCCUCGUGUACCUGAGACAAGGGAUUGAGAACUCACCAUAUGUUCACCUCCUUGACGCAAACCAGUGGGCUGACAUCUGUGACAUCUUCACACGGGAUGCCUGUGCCCUCCUGGGGCUCUCCGUGGAGUCCCCACUCAGUGUCAGUUUCUCAGCAGGUUGUGUGGCGCUGCCCGCUUUAAUUAAUAUCAAAGCUGUGAUCGAACAGAGGCAGUGCACUGGAGUUUGGAACCAGAAAGAUGAAUUGCCUAUUGAAGUGGACCUUGGUAAAAAGUGCUGGUAUCACUCAAUAUUUGCCUGUCCUAUUCUUCGUCAGCAAACAACAGAUAACAAUCCACCCAUGAAAUUGGUCUGUGGUCAUAUUAUAUCAAGAGAUGCCCUGAAUAAAAUGUUUAAUGGUAGCAAAUUAAAAUGUCCAUAUUGUCCAAUGGAACAAAGUCCAGGGGAUGCCAAACAGAUAUUUUUCUGAAGAAAUAACUUUAGUUUGCAAUUUGUAAGUGAAACUGAAUCGAGAGAACGUUCCAUUUAAUGCAGCUAACCAAGGACUCCCAUGUUUAUAUAAGCUAAUGCUCCGGAAACUUUGCCAACAUUUUAGUGUAUACACACUGAGGGGAGUGCUCCAGAUGAAUAUUAUCAUAGGGCUUUAUUAUAUUCUUGGUCUUCAUUUCUGAUCAAGUAAAUACACCAGCAGUUGUCAUUCAAUGCAGGUUUUUGUACUUAAUUAUAUGGUGAUUUUUUUACUUUUUAAGAGCAGAAACAGAAAUUUACCUUCCUGCCAUGUGUUUAAUAUUUCUCCCGCUUUUACUUUUGUCAUUCUCCUGAUAACUGUAAGCCUUGAGGAUGUUUGUGAAAAGCUUUAUUUCCUGUUAUGUAUACAUAAUUAAAUGCAAAUUCUUCAGAAAAAGUUUGAAAAACUGAAUUGUGGUUAUGAAACUAAUUUGCAGGGGUGUUUUUGCUUAAGGAAGAGAGCUGUGAUAGAUUCCAAAUUUGCUUUCUGAUGUUUUCCCUGUUCCAGCUCUCACCAAGAAGUCAGCAGACCUGCAUCUGAGGUCUGCUUUUGUAGCCCCAGCUGGCUGCCUGUUGUAAAAUUCCAUCACCAAUUUAUUAGCAGGUUGGUGUGAGCAGUUUUCCACUAGAACAGAGUGGAAGCAGUACUAUUGUUUCUCUGCUUUUAUUGCCAAGAGGUGCUUGUUUUAAAAGAGUGUUCAAUAAAACAAAAUUGUGAAGUUAGAAGUGUUCUUAAGUUGAUAUUUGCUCUCUUGGU